GAAGCCAGCUAGACACUCCACUCCGCACCUUCACACCCCCCCACGACACCCGACAUGCUCUCGCGCACGGCUCAGGCGCUGCGCGUCGGCACACGCCAGGUGGCGGCGUCCACGUCCCGCCUCCCCACGACGACUGCCGCGACAGCAGCGGCGGCUCUGCAAAAGUCGAGGGCGUACGCGACCGAGAUUGCCGUCGCGGGGUCCACCGACGACUUGGGCCCGCCUCCUCCCCCCGCCUCGACUGAGGCUAUCAUCAAGCGCUACACUGGCCCUGGGUUCCCUCGCAUUCCUGGCCUCCGCCACCUCGUGAUCCCCCACCACCCACACCUGUACAACGGCGACCCUCUGCGCGAGCUCACGACGGCAAAGCGCAAGAAGGGCGGACGUAAUAACUCGGGCCAGGUGGUGUGCAAGGGUAUUGGCGGCGGCCACAAGCGACGCCUCCGUCUCGUCGACUUCUGGCGCGUCGAGGCGGGCGUGCACGACGUCGUGCGUAUCGAGUACGACCCCGGAAGGAGCGGACACAUUGCGCUCUUGCACCGUCGCGGCGCAGCCAGGGAGCACCGCGUCAGCCCCGACGAGGGCGCGAUCUUGGCAGAGACCGUCUCGGAGCUCAAGGGUGGCACGAACACGCUCCGCGAGGCGCGCAACGCUGUCAAGGGCGGUUGGUCGUACAUCCUCGCGCCGGACGGCCUGCGUGCCGGCGACGUUGUGCAGUCGUUCCGUUCCGGCAUCCCGGAGGGCUUUGUCGAGGGCUGGGCCGAGGCCAUGGCCGGCGAGGAGGACCCCGCUGUCGACGCGGACGAGGGCGGCGUGUCCUCGGCUGCUCGUGCCCUGGGUAUCCUGCGUAACAAGGCCCUCCACCCCGGAAACGUGCUCCCCCUCAACCUCAUCCCCACGGGCACGCUGAUCCACAACAUCAGCCUGCGUCCCGACGGGCGCAUGCAGCUGUGCCGCUCGGCAGGCACUUUUGCCCAGAUCAUCGCCCACCACGGCUCGGACGGCCAGGCCUUGGGCGGUGCCGACGUCCUGCACAUGGUCGGCGAGAAGGACCAGCUGGGCAACCGGGUAAAGAAGGCCGGUACCGUGCUCGUCAAGCUCCAGUCGGGCGAGGUGCGCCAUCUCCAGCCCAACUGCUUGGCGACGGUUGGCAUGGUUUCCAACAAGGAGCACCAGCAGCGCGUCAUUGCCAAGGCUGGCCGCAACCGCUGGCUCGGCAAGAGGCCAAAGGUCCGCGGUGUGGCCAUGAACGCCUGUGACCACCCCCACGGUGGUGGUCGUGGUAAGGGCAAGGGUAACAAGGCCCCACGAUCGCAGACUGGCGUCCUCAAGGGCUUCCGUACGCGUCGCCCCAGGGACAAGGACGGCAACAAGCAGGUCGUCACCGAGCGUCCCCGUGGCAAGGCCGCGCUGGCCGCCAGGGGAUAGACGAGGGCGUAGCGGGGAGGAAGUUGCAUACUGGCUACUACUAUUGGUCACUUGAGAUCCAUGCAUACACAUCUGCUCUACAGUAGAUAA